AUGUCUUCAGCAGAAACUUCAACGAUGUCGUGCCCAAUUUUGGACAAACUAAUCGAGGACGAGGAUGCUCUGCGUGUAGCUAUGCACACUCCUUACGUGUGUGUUCAUUGCAUGAAGAAACGUCUUCGUGAACAGUUUGGUGGCGCAGAAGUCCUAUUUCCUGACGGACCGCCCCCAUGGUGUAAAGUCGACGAUGAACCUGCCAAGGAGCAACAUUCUCUUCCUGGGGAGCAAAAAAGCAAAAAACCAUUAAGAAAUUCGAGGAAAGCCAAACAGAACACGAAAAUGGUAAUUCCCAAAGAAGAAAUUGACCAGUACUUGUACAAGCGUUCGUUUGAGCUUUCCGAUGCUCAGUUGAAAUACGAAAUAGUUAAGCACAAGAAAUUAUCAAAAGAUGCCGCUCAUAAAGUAAUGAUUCAACUGCGCCAACGUGCAAAGGCUGAAAGAGAGGGACCAUUGAAGAAGGAUGCGAAAGGAAAGCCUAAUACUGUCAACCCUCGUGAAUUGCUCCCGUGGUGUCCAAGCGUGAAGGAGUUUUUCCCUCGCGGCUUAUUUUCCAAGCUUACCCAAGACGAUCAGCAACGUUUCUUAGCAAUUUGUCAAAGCAUAAUGAAUGCUGGAGAAAUUAGAUUCGAGAACAAUUUGAAGGAAUUGAAGCUUUUUCAACAGCAAGCGAAACCUGAGAAGGAGCACAUGGAGUUUCUUAUUUUGGACAGUAUUGAGAACACCAUGGAGAACAAUGAAUCCGUGCCCGCUACAACUCAUCCCCUUGGCUUCACUCAUCAUAUGGCAUCCGCCUUUGUUUUGGAACGAUGGCAGAAACGUUGGCAUGAUGAGUCGUUUGGAAACAAGUUCAACUGUUCAGUUCCCCAUUGCUCAGUCGAGUGGAAUGUCCACAGUAUUCGCUCAGACCCAGAAAUCCGUCCGGUUCACCUCACAACCCUUCUUAAAGGAAGAGUUGAUAGGAUACAGUUACCAAAUCUUCGCAACCGCUGCACUUUAGACGCAUCCGAGUUGAGCAGUUUCUUUAAAGCGGAUACAUGCAACUCAAACCACAUUUUCGACGAUCUUCAAGUUGUAACAUCCCUAUGUCUUGAAAAUGACAUUCGGGUGGCAAUGGAUGCAACAACUGCUUGUCACUUAAUGAGUGAACCUUUCACAGGACACGAUUAUUCGUACAGUAUUCCGAUACGCGUGCUUGAAAAACUUGUUCAUGGAACAAUGACGAAUAUUGCGAUCGUUGGAAGGCCACUUGUUCAUGAAGCAGUUAAUCGCACGAAUGUUCAGAGACAUUUCAUCAAAUACUUGAUCAAGAAGAAUUUCGUCCAUCGAAAAACUGACAUAGUCUCGAAUUCUGCUGCAAGUGAAGUUGCUGAGAAGAAAAAGGAGACCUCUUCGCAUGACAAGAAAAGUGGAUUCUGUGAUCCUCUUGAUUCCAUACUCCCGUCACUGGACUUACCACAAAACCACACUGAGAAGUCUUCCACUAGGAAUCAAUCUGCAAAUGGAAAGACUUACUCAGUGUUUUCUAUUGUUGGCACAAAUGUUCUCGUACGGUCACGCCCACCUCCGGUGUGCUCAGAGGGUCACCUAUCAAUGAAGGGGAAAACUUUGUCAUUCCAGCCAAAAGUAGAGUAUGUACCAAAUGCCGGAGCGAUGCGACUUUCCGACGCUGAAUCAAUGUGGAACUACUGCAAAGGAAUGUUUAAACAAGCAGCCAAUCACGGGCUCUUUCGUGCUCACUUUAAGGGCGAUCACAUACUCCAGCUGCAACACUGGGACGCACAGAAUGUGACUGUGAUACACGGAAGUGAGUUGCUGUGGAAUGGACCAACUCAUAGGCAGGAGGCAAAGCGAAUGAUUUCCGCACAUACCACACUGUUUGCCAAACUUUUACAAGAAAUAGGUCACCUUCCUCCAGGAGAUUUUAUGCUAGUAAAUAAGAACGAUGGCUUUGUCAAGAUCUUCCCUCGUGCGCAGGGAGGAGAAAUUGUGAGUGAAAUAUUUGAAUGUAACAAAGGCGGAAUACCUGUUGCGGAUGUUCCUUUCUAUAUACGUGAUGCAUUUUUUGGGCUGGAACCAAUGAUACCGCUGCAGUGGCAGAUAAUGCAGAAACGAGCUCCAGGUUGUUAUGUAGCGGAAGAUAGCAAACUGAAACAUGCAGCACAAACACAACUUCCCUCGACUUUCAAGCACAAGGGAGCUUCUCAGAGCAAUAAAACUGAUGCGAAGAGAAGCAAAAGAGAGAAGAGAAGAGAUAAGAAGGAAAGAAAGCUAGCAGAGUUUAGAGCGGCUGAGACAGGGCAGCAGGAACCGCUUGUAGCGCAAGAUAAUCAGUCCAGUUCCUGCCCAAGUACUACCACGAAGUCAGGUUCACCUAUGCACACCGAGACAUCAUCGUGUGGUUCUCCUGAUCAGUUAUUCAUAGAGGAAUCCGCAGAGAUGGAGUCCGAAUAG